GGUCUGAAACACAGCGGUGAACACACGACGUAAACAAACCGAGGAAACGUGUGUGUGUUGUGGUGGUUUGUUUAACGGUUAGUAUUAACGGUUCUCGGAUGAGCCGUUAGCCCGGGUUUGGUUCGUUGUUACGGCUGCGUAGUGACGGUUACCAUGGUAAAGUGUGUCGUCUCGGGGUGUCCCAACCGCUCUAACGUUAACCCGGGAAUCUUCAACCACAGUCUGCCAUCCAAGAGGUUCUUUAACUUCCCCGCAGACACAGCGAGGGUCAAGGUGUGGCUGGCGGCGCUGAGAGAGACGGAGAAGCAGGACUCAGCGGAGCAGCAUCAAAUCUGUGAGGACCACUUCCUGCCGGAGGACAUCUCCACAGAUGGGGUCAAAGGUGACGCCAUCCCCAUCAUGCCCCCCUGCCUGGAGGGGCCCCUGGGGGUCAUCAACCCCUGGGGGGCCGCGUCCUCUGAGGAGGAGGAGGACUGUGAUGAAGAGGAGGAGGAUGAUGAAGAAGAUGAAGGUUUGAUGUACGUGGAGCCGCCGGCGCCAAAACCUCCUGCAGCGGAGCCACCAAAGCAGGCUCCAGUUGUGAAGAACUCAUCAGCGACCAAAACGACACGCGGGCAUCCGAGGAAAUCGAGUCCCCGGACCAAACCAUCCAGCAGAUACAAUCUGUCCCUGGGGUUGCUGACUCAGCGCUUCCUGGAGCUGCUGCUGGCGGCUCCUGACGGGGUGGUGGAUCUGGGUCAUGUGACCGCGAGCCUGCAGACCCGCAGGAGGCGAGUUUACGACAUCACGGCGGUCCUCGAAGGCAUCAGCGUCCUCAAGAGGCAGUCGGUCAACCACUUCAAAUGGAUAGGAAGCACGUCCAUCUCCAGCUUCCUGUGGCAGAACCAGCAGAAGCUCCAGAGAGAGUUGGACAGCCUGAAGCUGGUGGAGGACACGCUGGACUCGCUCAUCAAGACCUGCGCUCAGCAGCUGUUCAGCAUGACCGACGACCUCGACAACGCCACGUCGGCCUACGUGACCCACGAGGACGUCGGGCGGCUCGCAGCCUUCCAGCAGCAGACGGUCAUCGUGGUCAAAGCUCCGGAGGAAACCAAGCUGGAGGUCCCGGCUCCCAAAGAGCAGGAUAAUAUCCAGGUGCAUCUGAAGGGGGGGACGGGUCCCAUCAUGGUGCUCACCUGUGAGGUGGGGGGGGGCGGACGCCAGCAGACACUUCCUGGCGCUGGAGGAGAGCCGGAUAACGACCAACACGCUGCACACAGAGUCCUCAAAUCCACAGAGUGCCGUGCAGAGUGCAUAGUGACCACCAGGGGGCGCCAUCUGUCCCCACAUUGUACACAGGACCCUGAACACACCGUCUCUGGAUACCAGGAAGAGUUUCAUUGAAACACAGUUCAUGCUGGACCAUUAGAGAUUAAAAACUGACUGGUACAAUAUUCAAAUACUCAUCGUAAAAUAAUGACGCUACGACCUGGAAACACUACUCACGGAUCCCUUUAAUUUGCACCAUUAUCCUCGUGUUGGAUCUGAUCAGAAGAAGGAACUCAUGUACAUUUGAAGAGGAAGACGAUUUGGAUGUUUGCAGCUUUAUUUUGUAUGAGAGGAGAGAGCACAGAUACACAGCUGUUUGUUUUUUAUAUAUAACAGUCAUGUCCUGGCUUACAGUGCGUUUGCUGUAUAAUAUUUUACUUUGUUUAUACGUUUGUCUUUUCUUUGCGUUUCAUCGUUUUCUAAUCGAGCAAACACCUCAAAGAUGCUGUAAUCAAUAAAUAAUGUACUCAUGUAA